ACCCCCAAAAACAAAACCAGUACCCCUCUCUCUCUCUCUUUCUUUCAAUAUUUCCUUUUGGUUCUAUUAUUUUUGGUUACCAGCCAUGGAAGCGAUACUCACAGAACGUAUUCAGAACAGUCUCCGCCAUUUCAUGUUCAAAAACGCUAUCUUCCUUUGUGAACGCCUCUGCGCUGAGUUCCCUUCCGAGGUGAACUUGCAGUUGUUAGCUGCUUGCUACUUGCAGAACAAUCAAGCCUACUCUGCGUAUCAUAUUCUAAAGGGAACACAAACUGCUCAAUCCCGCUACUUGUUUGCAAUAUCAUGCUUUCACAUGGAUCUACUUAGUGAAGCUGAAACAGCUUUAUGUCAUUCUAAUGAGCCUGGUGGAGAGAUCCCAAAUGGUGCAGCUGGUCAUUAUCUUCUUGGCCUUAUUUACAGGUACACAGAUAGAAAGAAAAGUGCCAUUCAUCAUUUUAGGCUGGCUUUAUCUAUAGAUCCUUUACUUUGGGCUGCAUAUGAGGAGUUGAGCAUAUUAGGUGCUGCCGAAGCAGCAACUGCAGUUUUUGGUGAAGCAGCUGCUCUUUGUAUUCAAAAGCAGUACGUUCAUCAUGGGGCAGCUAGCCCAAAUUUGCAUGUUUCCAGUGAGGAUUAUAAUUUGGUUUUGUCGCGGAAUUUUGCUUCUGAAGACGUCUAUUCUAGGCAAUUCAAACACACACAAGGCAAUAACUAUAGGGAUAUUCCUGGUAAUUAUCAUGCAGCAGCUGUGUCUAGUGGAGCUGUUGCUCAGCCCCAAAACGGUGGUCCUUCAAAUACGUCAUUUUAUAAUACUCCUUCUCCAAUGGCUUCGCAGUUGUCUGCUGUUGCUCCUCCACCUUUGUGUAGAAAUGUGCAGCCUAAUGGUUCUAACCUCAACACGGGUAAUACUGAUGGUUCUCCAAGGUCAGUUGUGAACACUACCAUUCAAGCACCUCGAAGGAAGUUUGUUGAUGAAGGAAAACUACGAAAGAUUUCUGGGAGGCUAUUCUCUGAUUCUGGUCCCCGUCGAAGUACACGACUUGCUGGAGAUUCUGGGGCCAACACAAAUGCAAAUACCACAGCUGUAGCUGGAAAUGGGACUAAUAGUUCUUCUAAGUACCUCGGAAGUUCUAAGUUGAGUUCUGUUGCUCUUCGUACUGUGACGCUUCGUAAGGGACAAUCACGGGCGAAUGACAAUAUUGAAGAAGGGAUAAGGAAUGAGGCAUUUGAUGAUGCUCGUUCAAAUAUGGCAUCAACAACUUCUAGUUCAUUUCCUUCUGGUGAUGUGAGAUCUCUUGACCAAGAUGGGGCAACUGUACUGGUUGGUGGGGUUGUUAUCAGUGGCUCUAAAGUCAUAAGUGGUACUUCAGAAGUAUUAGGCCUUUUAAGAACCCUUGGGGAAGGCUACAGACUUUCUUGCUUGUACAGGUGUCAGGAUGCUUUAGAUACCUAUCUGAGACUUCCACACAGGCAUUAUAAUACAAGCUGGGUGCUGUCCCAGAUUGGAAAAGCACAUUUCGAAUUGGUAGAUUAUUUAGAAGCUGACCGAGCAUUCUGUCUUGCCCGUCGGGUGUCUCCUUACAGUUUAGAAGGAAUGGAUGUUUAUUCCACUGUUCUAUAUCAUUUAAAGGAAGAUAUGAAGUUGAGUUACUUAGCCCAAGAACUGAUAUCAACUGACCGUUUAGCUCCUCAAUCAUGGUGUGCCAUGGGAAACUGCUACAGCUUGCAGAAAGACCACGAAACUGCUCUGAAAAACUUCCAACGAGCUGUGCAACUGAAUUCAAAAUUUGCAUAUGCACACACCCUUUGUGGUCACGAGUAUGUUGCCUUAGAGGAUUUUGAGAAUGGAAUCAAGUGCUACCAGAAUGCACUUCGUAUUGAUUCAAGGCAUUAUAAUGCCUGGUAUGGUCUAGGAAUGAUCUAUCUUCGCCAAGAGAAGUUUGAGUUUUCAGAGCAUCACUUUGGAAUGGCUUUCCAAAUAAAUCCACGUUCUUCUGUUAUAAUGUCCUAUCUUGGAACUGCUCUUCAUGCCUUAAAGAAAAGUGAGGAUGCUAUCAAGAUAAUGGACAGGGCAAUACUGGCAGACAGAAAAAACCCUCUUCCCAUGUAUCAAAAGGCUAAUAUACUGAUGAGCUUAGAGAGAUUUGAUGAUGCUUUAGAGGUUCUGGAGGAACUUAAAGAGUAUGCCCCUCGUGAGAGCAGCGUGUAUGCUUUGAUGGGUAAAAUCUAUAAGCGGCGUAACUUGCAUGAAAAGGCCAUGCUUCAUUUCGGUAUUGCUUUGGAUUUGAAACCAUCUGCAACUGAUGUUGCUACAAUUAAGGCUGCCAUUGAGAAGUUACAUGUACCGGACGAAUUAGAUGAUAACCUGUAAAUCCGCUGAGUUUCAAGGGAAUCUCCUGUAAAAUUUCUGGCUGAAAACGUGUUUUCCAAGAGAGUUUGGCCCUGCUUGCGCUUUCGAUCGGUGCUGAAUAAAAUGGUAAACAAUCUUUAAAAGCCAAUUUAUUUGGCAAUCAGACCUGAUAGGGCAGAUCUUGUGAAAGUGACCCCAUUUUUGUGGGUGAUUCACAUGCUAACCGAUGGCUUGAUUAACAAAACUAGUGAAAGCUGCCACACUUUGUAUCCCAUAGUUAAGAACAGGGGCUCGUACCAUUAGUUUAAUAGCUUGUACUUGUUUAAAUUGUAAUUUGCUUAAACAAUACAUUGAGGCAACAUGGCUCAUAACUUCGUUUUAAUUACAAUCCUAUCACCACAUUUUCUGCUUUGUCA